CUCUCCUCAGAACACGGAGGUCUUCAGCACCCACAGAGGGACUUACAGGUAGGUCGGAUCAUAAAGCAGCCUUCUGUCAGUCGCUCUGCCCCUUCUCUGGUAGAGCACCCUGCCUUGCUGACUUUCUCUGCCUCUGGCUUCCUGUGAUAGGUGGUGUCAUUUCCCCCACCUGAGUGCUGGCAGGUUCACUGCUGGCCACCAGCAGAUGUCCAUGAAGAUGCUGACAGUGAAGACACUGGCCUUGUGCUUGGUUCUUGCUAAGUCAGCCUGGUCAGAGGAGCAGGAUAAGGUGGUACACGGAAGCCCCUGUUUGAAGAACUCCCACCCUUUCCAAGCUGCCCUCUACACCUCAGGUCACUUGCUGUGUGGUGGAGUCCUCGUUGACCCACAGUGGGUGCUGACAGCCGCCCACUGCAACAAACCGAAUCUGGAGGUGUGCUUGGGGAAACACAAUCUACGGCAAACAGAGACUUUCCAAAGGCAAAUCUCUGUGGACAGGACUAUUGUCCAUCCCCGCUACAACCCUGAAACCCAUAACAAUGACAUCAUGAUGGUGCAUCUAAAAUAUCCAGUCAAAUUUUCUCAAAAGAUCCAGCCUCUGCCCUUGAAGAAAGAUUGCUUUGAUGAGAAUCUCAACUGUCAGAUCCUAGGCUGGGGCAAGAUGGAAAAUGGUGACUUCCCAGAUACCAUUCAGUGUGCUGAUGUUCAACUGGUGUCCCGGGAGGAGUGUGAGCGUGCCUACCCUGGCAAGAUCACCCAAAGCAUGGUGUGUGCAGGCGACAAGAAAGAAGGGAAUGAUUCCUGUCAGGGUGAUUCUGGAGGUCCCCUGGUAUGUGGGGGUCACCUCAGAGGGCUUGUGUCAUGGGGUGACAUGCCCUGUGGAUCAAAGGAGAAGCCAGGAGUUUAUACCGAUGUCUGCACUCAUACCAGAUGGAUCCAAAACAUCAUCAGAAACAAGUGGAUCUGACAUAAGACAUCCAGUUCUUGACCUAUGACUCCCCUGACCAUAGUUGGUUCCAUAUUCUCUCUCCCUGAAACCCUGCCCUGCUCUCAGAGCCUUCAGAUGUCCAGCUCUGACCCUGGUACUUAAUAAAUACAGUGACACUGAACACAGAACACUGCUAAAUAUACUUUGCUCAUUCCUUGCACCCCAGGGACUUUGGAGGAUAUAGGCUACAAUCCUACUCCAUGGGUGUGGUUAGCAGAUAGAAUCCCAGUGUGGCCACUUACAGACUGGGUACCCUUGGGAAGUGCUUUUCUUUAAAGUGUGAAUGCUCUCAUCUGUAAAAUUGGGAUAAUAUUGCGGCUGGAGAAAUGCUCAGUGGUUAACAGCACUUACAGCAAGAA